AGCUGCUGCAGCUUAACUAGAAGCUAAAAGAGGAACAUGAAUAAAGAUGGAAAUAGAGAGUGAUCAUCUCUUUACUCAGUCCUAUCAUUUGAACAUGGAUAACGAAUCUUUUAACGAACUAAAUACGACAUUGCUCCAUGACAGAGAACUGAACAGUCUGGGGUACCAAGUGGUCACUAUUUUUCUGGUCAUUUUAAUUUGUGGACUUGGUAUUGUUGGAAACGUUAUGGUCGUUCUUGUGGUUCUAAGGACUAAACACAUGAGAACUCCAACUAAUUGUUAUUUGGUCAGCCUUGCCAUUGCAGAUCUUAUGGUCUUGGUGGCAGCUGGGCUUCCCAACAUCACUGAAAGUAUCUAUGGCUCAUGGGUUUACGGAUAUAUUGGGUGUCUCUGCAUUACUUUCCUCCAGUACUUGGGCAUCAAUGCUUCAUCUUGUUCAAUCACUGCAUUCACAAUUGAAAGGUACCUCGCAAUUUGCCAUCCCAUCAAAGCACAAUUUCUUUGUACCAUAUCAAGGGCCAAAAAAAUAAUUGUAUUUGUCUGGGCCUUCACAUCCCUUUAUUGCAUGAUGUGGUUUUUCCUGCUUGAUUUGAACACUACCAUUUACAAAGAUGCAACAGUGGUGAACUGUGGUUAUAAAGUCCCCAGGAGUUACUACUCUCCAAUCUACUUAAUUGACUUUGCUGUAUUCUAUGCUGUCCCCAUGACGUUGGCAACUGUCCUAUAUGGACUCAUUGCAAGAAUAUUAUUCCUCAAUCCUAUUCCAUCUGACCCAAAGGAGAAUUCAAAGACUUGGAGAAAUGAUUCAACCCAUCAGAACAAGACGUAUAACUCAAAGUUAUCUAGUAGAUGUUCCAACAAUACCAUAUCCUCUAGGAGACAGGUUACGAAAAUGUUGGCAGUGGUCGUGAUAUUAUUUGCUUUCCUAUGGAUGCCCUACCGGACAUUGGUUGUUGUGAACUCAUUCCUGUCCCAACCGUACCUUGAAAAUUGGUUUGUGUUAUUCUGCAGAAUUUGCAUAUAUCUGAACAGCGCUAUCAACCCUGUGAUUUACAAUCUGAUGUCUCAGAAAUUCCGUGCGGCUUUCAAAAAACUUUGCAAGUGCAAAAAGAAAAGUACGGAAAAACCAGCUAACUAUGGCGUGGCACUCAAUUACAGCGUUAUUAAAGAGUCAUCCAAUGGAGGAAGCCCCGACCAUUUUAGUACUGAGCUAGAAGAUAUUACUGUAAUGGACACAUAUUUGUCACCUACAAAAAUAUCCUACGAUGACACUUGUUUACCAUCUGAUGUGUCCUUCAGCAGAACAUAGGAGCUGUAUAACUGUAUAUCACGAGCACAUUGUAAAUGUCUGUGAACAGGUUUUAAAUAAUUAAUUAACUGAUAGUGAAGCACACAUAGUAUUACUACACCUCAAAUUAGUAG